GUCGCGAACACGUGACACCGUUCCGCGUCCAAUAGAAAGAGUUUCUCCGCCACGUUUCCGUACAUAUGUGCGGACUGUGCGGAGUGCGGACAUCUCAUAACCUCAAAUUCGCGCGAACCUCGCCAUGGAUGUUGUAAAGUCAAUUUUGGAAGACAACCAAGGAAAGGCAGAUCUGAGUAAAUCCACGAAGGUGCACAAGGAUGUGGAGCUCGACAUCGAUCUGGGGACCCUACUCGCGUCCGACUAUAACCCUCUGGACGCGAAGACUCUCGAAUCGAAGUCAGAGACAUAUUUAAGAAAUCUGACCAGAGACAACGUACAGUUGCUGAUCAAUGAGAUUUGGCAACUGCCAGUGGAACGGGUUGACGAGGCUAUAGUGGCUACAUUGCCCAAGCCUGAGUACGUAUUGCCACGCUCGCGCGUAAUUCCGAAGCCCAAGCCUUUGACAAAGUGGCAGCAGUUUGCCAAGGAAAAGGGAAUACAAACCAAGAAGAAGGGUAAAUCUAAAUUGAAAUGGGACGAGGAAUUGAAGAAAUGGAUUCCCACGCACGGUUAUAAACGAGCGAAGGCUGAGGAGCAGAAGGAAUGGUUGGUAGAGGCCAAAGGCAAUGGUGACUCGACCGAAGAUCCGUUUUCUAAAACCAAAUCGGCUAAGCAGGAAAGGCAGUCCAAAAACGAAUUGCAGAGGCUUCGCAAUAUAGCCAAAUCGAAAAACGUCAAAUUACCAAGGGUUGGUUUACCUACCAGAGAACACUUUUCGAAUUCUCAACAGCUUUCUGAAGCUCUAACUGUAGCGCGUACGUCGACAGCAUCUGUUGGAAAAUUCCAGUCUAGGUUGCCGAAAGAAAAGGAUGCAAAGGGAAUUGCCAAGGAGAUGUCAGGAAUGAAGAGGAAGAGGAAAGCACCUCCGUUAAAUCCUAUCGAAGAGAAACGUCAAAAUAAAGGCCUGAUAGACAGCGUUUUGAAAACCAGUACGAAGAUUCUGCGCGACGACUGCUCGACGGGAAUUGCAGAGAUAAAGCAGUCCGCGGCAAGCGGCAGUAAAAAGAGGAAAGGCGCGCUAAAGAACAACAAAAGUAAAACCGCUAAAAAGCCAAAGGCGGGGAAGAAAGAGCGGAAUUUGCACAAGAAAGUUGGCGGUAGAAAGCGACGAUAAAUUAAGAUGUCUGUAAUAAUAUCCGUAGCAAUAAGUCGAAUUUGAUGUGCAAGUUUUAAAUGCGUUCAAUUUUCUAUGUAAAAAGAUUUUAAUAAAAUCGAAAAUAAUGUUGAGAAAACA